GGGAACCCUGUGGCAGUUUCACUUAUGGAAACGAACUCGAAUUCGAAGUCCUUUGUUAUUUUUUUCGUCUUCCUUCCUUCGUAUCCUAUUUAUUCUUACCAAUACAGUGUUUCGAAAACUGAUUCUGAUAGAUGAAACCUGCUCAAUCAUUUCUUUAUCUUGCAUAACAAAUCUUUUUGUUCCUGACGUUUGACAAACGUUUCAUUCAACAAAGAUGGCGGCAAAACGAAUGACAAGAAGAAACGACGAACACACUAGAAAGCAGUCUCAUCAAGAUUAUAUAGACUAUUUAAAAAGCAUUAUACUGAAGUUUACGGAAGAGAGGGAUUUAGAGAAAGACUAUGCUAAAAAAGUUGUUAAAAUUGACCCUUUUAUCACUUUACCACCGGAAAUUGUAUUUCGCAUUUUAAGAUUUUUGCAUUUGAAUGAGAUUUGUAUUUCUCGUAGAGUUUCAAAAGCAUGGAAAAGAACUAUAGAAAACUACUUCCAACACAUUCGGGUUUUAGAUUGUGUUCCUUUUGAAUCUGUACUAACCGCAGAAGGCUUAAAAGGAAUCCUUACUUGCUUGAAAAAUCUAAGAGAGCUUCACGCUGAAACUUGUUGGUUCAGCUUCACCGAAGAAAGUUUUUCACUUCUUAAAAACUGCCCAAAACUACGUUCUUUGAGUUCAAGUAAAUGUAAGGGACUUACAGAUAAAACUCUUAAACUUUUAGCUGCGCACUGUAAAGAACUUGAAGAACUUGAUCUUAGCAGUUGCUUCCAGAUUUCAGAUGAGGGUUUAGUCCCAUUAACUGAAAACUGCCCAAAACUCAAAGAAGUAUGUGUAAGUAGCUGUUAUGGUAUCACUGAUACAAGUGUUGAGGCACUGGCUGUAAACUGCCCAUUUCUGCAAGACCUAGACAUUAGCUGGUGUUAUAAAGUGACUGAUCAAAGCUUGAGUCUUUUUCUAAAUCCAGAAAAGAAAAUAAAGUCACUGAGAAUUAAAGACUGUAGCAGAGUGACACAGGAAAUGAUAACACAUCUUGUUGAGAAAGGGAUUAGUGUAAAUUGCUUUUUCUGAGAGGGUUGCAUCUAUAAGGAUCAAAUUGGAAAAGUGUUGGACCUAUCUAUAUAUGCUGAAUGCAUAAUAUCUACUUGAAAAAAA